AUGCCGUGGCUUUUGUUGUUAUCCAUCCUCUGUGGCAUUGACAGUUCCAACCCAAGUGAAGGUAUCUUGAACGGAUUGACCGUUCUGACCACAGCUCCUCCCGCGUAUGCGCCUCGAUUGCAUUGUCACCUGAUAAACGCUGGAGCCAAGGUGGUUCCAUGUCCAACCAUAGAGACAUUGGCUUUGUGCAGCGACCAAGACAUUUCCGAGCUGAAGCAGGCCGUGAAUGAUAUCCAGAGCUACAAUUAUGUCGCGUUUACUUCUCGUCGAGGGAUUCAGGCAUUAUUCCAGCACGACCAACGUGGCGUCCUAAAAGAAGCUUUCUCCAAGCAAACUCCAUGUGUCAUUGCGUUGGGAGCUGACGCAGAAGCAUUGGUUGCCAACCAUGGAGUGGAACCAGGUAGUGUGCUGGUCCCGGAAACGCCGACGCCCCAAGGGAUUGUAGAUUUGCUCAAACAAAAGCACUAUCAGGCACAAGAAACCACGAAAAUACGAGUACUAUGCCCUGUCCCCAAGGUUGUGGGGUUAACGGAGCCAUCGGUGGUGCCCUCAUUUCUCCGAGCAUUGCAAGAUGCCAAAUUCGAAGCCGUACGGCUCAGUGCCUACGAAACCCGAUGGAUCCACCCAGGUUUGUUGACGGAUAUUGCCAUAGACAAGCUAAAGAAAGGACAAGUGGACGUGAUUGCCAUUUCCUCCACGGCCGAGGUGGAAGGUUUGCAACGACUUCUCGCAGCCACCAAUGUAGGCGUCAAGGUGGUGGCACAUGGAACGGUAACGGCCAAGGGAGCAAAAAGCUUGGGAUUGCGAGUGGACGGCAUCUCUACCGACUCGUCCUCGUUUGCAGGGAUGGUUCACGCCAUUGCCAAAUGCCUCGGACGACAGUAA